UAUACAUGCUCAUCUCUCAGCAUCAGCAGCACUGCUAUAAAACCUGAGCAUCCGCCGAGCAGAUAGUCAGAAUAUACCUUUACGAGGAACUGUCGCACAGCUUGAAGGGAAUGAGAUUUUCAUAACGGGAAAUUGUACAACAGGGUUCAAUAAUGACAAAAUCAUACACCGAAAACAGCAUGAUGCCAGAGUCCCAAAGCACUUCGACCUGGACCGAUGAAUGCAUAAGUUCUCAAGACGAGCACGAGCUGGAAAAGAAAAACGAGGAGCAUGAAUCCAUGAGCAAGGAUGGUGAUGAUGACGACGAAGAGGAGCUUAGCAGGCUUGAAGAUGACGACGAUGAAGAAGAUGAGGAAGAAGAAGAGGGAGACGACCAGAAGCCCAAGAGACGCGGACCCAAGAAAAAGAAAAUGACAAAAGCCCGGCUUCAAAGGUUUAAAAUGAGACGCAUGAAGGCUAACGCAAGGGAAAGAAACCGCAUGCAUGGGCUCAAUGAAGCACUCGACAGUUUGCGUAAAGUUGUGCCGUGUUACUCGAAAACUCAAAAGCUAUCUAAAAUAGAAACACUGAGGUUGGCUAAAAAUUAUAUUUGGGCUCUUUCUGAAAUCUUAAGGUCGGGUAAAAGUCCGGAUUUGAUGUCCUUUGUGCAAGCCCUCUGCAAGGGAUUAUCACAGCCCACCACUAAUUUGGUAGCAGGCUGCCUUCAGCUGAACCCCAGAACGUUCCUUCCAGAGCAGAGCCAGGAAAUACCCACACAUAUGCAAACAGCAAGUGCUUCCUUCCCUGUUCAUCCAUACGCUUAUCAGUCCCCUGGUCUUCCCAGCCCUCCAUAUGGUACAAUGGACAGCUCCCACAUCUUUCACGUUAAACCACAUUCAUAUGGAAGCGCGCUGGAGCCGUUCUUCGAAAACGCUCUCACGGACUGCACUAGUCCCUCCUUUGACGGACCUUUGAGCCCGCCCUUAAGUGUUAACGGAAACUUCUCCUUCAAACACGAGCCAUCGUCUGAGUUUGAAAAGAAUUAUGCCUUUACCAUGCAUUACCCAGCUGCCAGUUUGACGGGACCACAGGGUCAUGCUUCCCUUUAUUCAGGCUCUGCACCUCGUUGUGAAAUCCCCAUUGAAAACAUUAUGUCAUAUGAUGGACAUUCCCACCAUGAAAGAGUCAUGAACGCCCAGCUAAACGCUAUUUUUCACGAUUAACGAAAGAGAAGUCGAAGCGCCUUGCAGAUUCGAAUAAAACGGUCUCAAUGACUCCUCUAUAAGCGUCUCAGCAUUCGAGUACCACUGGUACGAAGUGCAAAUAUGACACGCUUAAACAUAUGUAUGUAUUUAUUAUUGUUACUGCCUUUAGGAGAAGAGGGAAUGCAAAUUCCCGUUCACCUUAUGUAUUAUACUCUAUAGCGCUUCUAUAUAAAGGUCACUAGAAAAUUGAUGUGGCCGUAUUCAGAUUGUGUUAAUUAUAUGAUCCAUAUAACAAAAUCACAAGCAAUAAUUAGGAAACUAUGCAAUUUUUGAACUAAUAAUGGGCCAAUUAAAAUUAAAUAAAUAUAUAUAUUUUUCAACCAGCAUUUUACUACUUAUCUAUCCCAUGCUGAAUUAUUUUGUUGUGAUUUUGUACAGAAUUUUUAAUGAACUUUUAUAAGGUCGAUUUCCUAUUUUAACCCAUGCAGCUCCAUUGAUAUUUUAUAAAAGAAAAGUAAAAUUAUCUUAUUUAUACAAAAUAAUGAUAAUAAUUUAAAAGAUUUAACCAGCAGUCAAGUGCUUGGAAAAGUAUUCUGUUGCCUUAGCACUUCUUUACUGUAUAAUCACGCAAGGUUGCACAAUAUUCACAGUUUAAUUUUUUUCCUUACAUUUACGUUUUUCUUACUAAUCCACAUACAAACCGAAUAGGUGCACUAUAAAAACAUAAAAUUGCAAUAUUUGCUGCAGGAGAGUACAAUAUCUUACUGGUACACUCUUUUGACCCAAUUAUCUUUUUCAAGAGAAAGGUUUGACUGUCACCCGUAAUUUGCAAUCUCAUCGUUACUUUCCUCAAGAGACUUUUGAUUACAUUAUUUUUCUAAAGGUCAAAAGAUAGCUGGGCCCCUAUACUUACUGUAACUGCGAGAUUCUUUACAAGAAGAAUCAACGGCUUGUCAUGUCAAAAUGAAAAAAAUAUAAAAAUGGAGCCUGCAGUUGAUCCGAUUAUUCAGAUUAAUUCCUGUAGACGUUAAUUAGUACAGUAGAUAAAAAUUCACACCACUUAACUCCACACAUAGAUCAAUAGAUAUUGCAUGUACAAUGCAGUCCAGAUUAAGUGCUGUUUGACGUGUAAUGCCGGUUCAAUUUGAAUCAAUUUGUACUGUAUUUUGUUAGUAAACCUGUAUAUGAUGAUGUAUUGCCACAACGCAUUGGGGAUUUAUAUUACACAUCGCUGAACCAUUUAUAUUGAAAAUAGUAUUGAACAUUUGGUAAAAGGUUGCAUUUCUCCUUCAAUGUGAUUUCUUAGUGUAUGUAAUUCCUAUGGGAUUAUUGUUUUAUUUUGAUAGCUCAUGAAAGGUGCAAAUUAUUAUUUGUAGAAUAAAGUUAAUGAUGACAUU